CUCCAGCAGCGCGUCGCGGAUGGCCUUGCGUUUGCUGAGAAGGCUGCCGAGCUCGUGUCCUCCUUGUCCGUCUUCUCGGCGAACGAGGAGCUCGAGGACAUCAACACCGGCGACCUAAAGUAUCUGCUCCUGCCGUUCCUUCGAGCCGAGCUCAUCCUCCGCAUUCAGCCCGAGGAGGCUGCGGGCUGCCACGACGUGCGUCUGAAGCACCUGCGGCACGCAGCGGCCCUGCUCGAGGCAUUCCUGCGCGAUCUCGAGGCGCGGCGUGCGCUGCGCGCCGAGGCGCGGGCGGGGUGGGAGGAGGCGUGCGCGGACAAGCCACUCGAUGCCGCCGCCUCGCGCACCCUCAAGGUCUCGCGUCUGCGCGCCGCAAGCCGCGCCAAGAAGGCGCUCGAGGCGCUCGAGGCGCGCGCGCGCGGUGCGGCAGCAGCCGCGAGUGCGGACCGCGACGACGGCGACGAGGAGGCGGGGCGUGAGGCUGCGCUCGUCUCGCUCGAGGCGUGUGCAACGGCAGGUGUGAACAGCCGUCUCUUCACACCUCUUGCUGUGAACAGGCUGCGCUCGUCUCGCUCGAGGCGUGCUCCCACGCGGCGCUCGAC